AUGAAUUCUUAUUUUUGCUUCACAAACAAUUGUAAAAACCAGAGCCUUUUUAGUGUUUUUGCAUCAAAAUAUAGAUCCGCUCACACUCAGAACAUGAGGUGUCAGCUAAAUCAUCUGGUAAAUGCGAUUAGUUAUUCGAGAAUAGCUAAUGGGUUUCAAUCACAACAUUCCGAAUACUAUCACAGAACAGUUGAGCUUAACACUCAUUUUUUAAAAGCAGACCAGAUUAAUCUUUUUUAUUUUAAAAUCAGGCAAAUAGUGACUGAUUUGGAGAAAAAUAAAUUUACAAUAGACUUGGAGAUUUCUCUUCUGAAAAAUUAUUUGGAAGAAUUACGAUUUAUUGAUUCUUUAGAAAUUAGAGGAACUUAUGGGGAACCACACUUAAAUAAUUAUCAGAAAAAUUCUUGUUUUGUCACGAUAACUCCUCAGGAGAUCAAUGAUUUUAUUUCCCAAAAAAUCCUCCAGGAUGUCGAUAAAUGGCGAAACGAAAAUUGGCUAGUCAAUUCCUAUAUUAACAAAAUAAAUUUUAUUCAAAAUUCGCAUGUUAGUAAUGGAAUAAAGAAAUACCUUAAUCAAGAAAACGAGCAUUUUUUAUUUAAUAUUGUUUUAGUGUCAAGUAAACUAGAAAAUACUCAAAAAUCAGCAAGCAAUGCAAUAACUUUUUUAAAUCGCAAUGGAUUUUGUUUUACUUCUCCCCUCUGUAAGCAAGCAAAAGCGCGGUUAUUUUAUUUUUUAGAAAUUUAAAAAAUAUUUGCAAAAAAUUGGAAAGUAAAAUUAAUUUAUCUUUAAAGUUUCUUUUUAAAAUCUAAUUAUUUAAAUUUCAACAAAUUAGAGAAUUCAUCAUAUAAACAAUUUUUAUAUUAAAGAAUAUUGCUCGCUCACGGAGGGCGGGCUUUAACCUAAAAAAUAGGGAUUUUUUAAUGAUUUUAUUUGCUCAUGGAGGGAGAUUUAGGAAUAAAAAUUUUUCGAGGUGUAAAAUAGCCGGUGCUGAUUUGUCUUGGUCAAAUUUAUAUUGUACUAAAUUGAAUUUUUAUGCAGUAGUUUAUAAAACAAUAAUUAUUUCCUCUUCUAAGUUAAUAUUUAAUCUUCAAGCAUAAUAGUAUCCAGAUUAUAUAAUUCAGCAUAAUAAAUGUAAGCUUUGAAGGCUGUGAUUUGGCAGAUGUUAACUUUUCUCAAUCAAAUUUAAUUGACUGCAAUUUCAAAGACUGCGACCUUGAAAACACCUUUUUCAGUAUCCUCCCUCCUUUAGUAGGCCAUAAAUCAAGGAUCAAUUCUCUUUCAUGGUCUCCUUCUGGAAAAUAUCUUGCAACUGGAAGCUAUUCUGACUCUGCUAAAGAGCUGAAAUUAUGAGAUGUUGCCAAUCAAAAAAUUUACUACAAUUUUCCUGAGGUCAAUAACUACGGAAAUUUUAUCAGUUUUUCUCCUUGUGGGAAAUUCUUGGCUUAUGUCAGCCAUGACUCUGCUGUAAAAAUUAUAAGCUUAGAGGCUACAAAUAAUAUAAAGACACUAAACGGUUUCUGUGAAAGUUUUGUAUAUAUCGCUUAUUCCACCAGCUGAAAAUAUUUUGCAGCAGUCAGCAAAGAUUGGCACGUCAUUCUAUGAGAUAAUUUAAAUUCCCAGAAAAUAGUCCUAUCUGAAAGACCUGACACUACACUAAGACUAGCAUUUUCCAAUGAUGAAAAGAUAUUAGCAACUAUAAACAAUGAAGGCAUCAUAAAGCUUUGGUAUCUUAACCUAUACAAAGAGCAUAAAAAAAUCCAUUUGAAGCCUUUCAAAGGCAAUAAAAUCUUUUUUUCGCCUUGUGGGAAAUUUUUAGCAGUGUCAGGCCAUAGCAUGAAAUUGAUUUUACUGGACAUUUCUUCAGAAGAAGUGACUGAAAUCAGCUCAAAAGUAUGAGAUGCCCCUGAGGUGUCGUUUUCUCCUAAUGGGAAGUAUUUAGCUGUGGAGUUGUGGAACUCCAUAAUACUUUUUGAUUUAGCAUUGCAAAGCAAAGUGAAACAUUUUACUGAGACAAGAAGAUUAGAUAUGGCAUCAACGAUAUCAUGAUCCCCUCAAGGUGAUUUUAUAGCUGUAGGAGUCGAUAACUUGUCUGUCAAAAUGUAUAAUUUAAUAGAAAGAUUCAUGUAUACCAAGAAACUUGCCUUUAAAAUGCAUAAAUGUAUCAAGCAUGUGCUGUUUUCAAAAACUGGGCGUUUUCUUGCAGCUGUAGAUGAAGCUGGAACAAUUUAUAUGUGAAGAAGGUAUUUUGUUUUUGUUAAAGUCAUAAAAGAUAAUGGUCCACUAUCAAAAAUUGCUUUUUCUCCGUUAGAAACUCAUAUGGCAUGUGGGUUUUGUAAUGAAAUGAUUAAGCUUUGGGAUCUUCAUACAGGAAGCUCUAUCAUUCUUAACGAUGAGAAAGUCAAAGAAAAAAGCCAUUUUCAUAACAAUAAAAUUGGCCUAUGUUUUUCUCCUUGUGGAAGGUACUUAGCAUUUGGUGGACAAAGCACCCGCAUUAAAUUUUAUGACAUGGAAGCCCAAGAGUUCAUUGAAAAUUAUGGUCCAAAUGAAGAAAUCGACUCUUUGUCCUUUUCUCCUUGUGGAAAAUUUUUAGCUUUAGCUUGUGAGAUGAGCAAAAUCAAAAUAUGGAGCCUAGAAGCUCAAACAUUUACAAAGCAAUUUGAUGAAAAACAAAGCUGACUUGAGCUCAUUUCUUUUUCUCCUUGUGGGAGCUAUUUAGCAAUAAUAAACCGUCAUGGAAUUUCUUUGAUAAAUGCUGAAAAUGGAUUCGAAGAAAAAAAAUUUGGAAAAAGCGGAUCUCUGAGAAGGGUUGAGUUCGCCACUUUUACAGCAUCUGGAAAACACAUCAUUUCGGUGAGCGAGAAGUGUAAAAUCCAAAUUUGGGACGUGGAAACUCAAAAAGAGGCAAUCCAUUUCAGUUGCUGUGCAAACAGGACCUAUUCUGUUUCCCCUACACCCUCUGUUGAGUACUUAGCCUCAGGAGGCUGAUGUGGAUGUUUUAAAGUUUUUAGAAUUUGAUGAUAA